GCGGCGCGCCCGCAGCGCUCAGUCCACGCCGAGACGCGGUCGCGCGAGCACCAUGGCGCCCACCACCACAGUCACCACCACCGUCGCCAACAAUGACGAGGAUCCCUUCCCGUACAUGCGGCCCAGCGCGCUCGGCAAGUGGGAGUCUUUCAAGCUCGAGAUCUGGAACCCGUCCACCAAGCAGUUCCUCGGCAGGACCGCCAAGAGUUGGGGUGGUAUCGUACUGUUUUACCUGAUCUUCUAUGCUGCACUGGCUGCAUUUUUUGCAGUCUGCAUGCAGGGACUCCUUUACUGCCUAGAUGAUCACUCACCAAAAUGGCAAGGCAGCCAGUCUCUAAUUGGAACCAAUCCAGGAAUGGGCUUCAGACCAAUGUCAAGGGACAUUGAACAAGCUGGCUCACUUAUCUGGUACACAGCCAACAAUCAGACUAAUGUAGAUUAUUGGGUAGAAAUUCUAAAUGAAUUCAGUGCACCUUACUACAAUGAAACUUUGAAGCAGACACUAAUGCACUGUGACUAUGAUCGUCCUAUUAUGGAUAAAAAAGGCUGCAUUGUGGAUACCAGUACAUGGGGAGACUGUAGAGCUGAAAUGGGAUACAGCUACAAUCGUUCACGUCCAUGUUUCUUCAUUAAGCUUAAUAAGAUAUAUGGCUGGACACCAGAAUUUUACAAAUAUGAUUAUGAACUUCCAGAGCAGAUGCCAAAUGACUUGAAACAGCACAUAAAAAAUAUUAACAAGACUGACCCAAAGCAGUUAAAUACAAUAUGGGUAUCAUGUAGAGGUGAAAAUCCAGCAGAUAUGGAAACCAUUGGGCCCGUUAAAUACGUGAGUGGCUAUGGAUUGCCUGGGUAUUAUUUUCCCUUUAAAAAUCAGGAGAACUAUCUUACCCCUGUUAUUGCAAUCCAGCUUACAAAUGCAACAAAACAUGUGUUGAUUAAUGUUGAAUGCAGAGCCUGGGCAAAGAAUAUCAUUUACUCUAAAGUGAAAGGUGAACGAGAAGGUUCAAUGCAUUUAGAACUGAUGAUGGACUAGCACCGUCUCCAGUACGGCUAUAGCAAGUUUGUGCCUAUUUUCUGCAGUUUUUGGUCCACUGAGAAGAUAUGUGCCAUUGUUUUCUGUAGUGGCAGAAGUCAAAACAAAUCUGCCAUGAAGAUAUAAUGAGGACUGCUUUAUCUGUGCUUUAACAAUAGGUAUUUCUGUGAGAGUAAUCAAGUUAGAAGUGUUGAAAAGUGCAUUUUUAGUGGGGAAAAUCAAAAACUCAUGAAUGAACCUGAUAUAUUGACGUUUUUUGUGUUUCCCACAAGGAAUUCCAGUCAUAAAAGAGAAUUAAAAUUAUAUUUAUACUGAGUAUAUCAUAAUUUUUUCGCUUCUAUGUUUUAACUGUUCACAUGUUCGUGAAAAUAAUUAACAGAUUUAAACAUGAUUGGAGAAGGCUAUUUAAAUGAAACACAAAUGUUUAGAAAUCAGCAGUACAAAUUUGUGGCUAUUAUUGAGGACUGCACAAAAUUGUCAGGGGCAGGUCUAUGUGAGAAAAAAUAUGUUUGUGUGAUAUUUAAGAAAAAAAAGUAGAUGAUAAUUUAAUACAUAGACACGUAUUGCCUUUUAUUUGCAUGCUAAGUGUAUAUAUUUGAAAUAUAUUAUAAAACUGUGAAGUAAAUAAUUUGUUAAGUUGUUUUAUUACAUCAGUAUUAAAUAAAAACCUGUAAAACCUGAAAACAAAAUUCAAAUAUGUUCUAUAUUAUCAGAAAAGAAAUUCCAGUAUAUACAGAUAAGAACAAAAAAAAUGAAGUGUUUUCAUUAUCAAUCUUGAAUGAUGUGUUGAAACAGAGAUUGCAAACUGUUUUUUCUUCUUUCAUUGAAUGAAAUGACUAAUGACAAUACAAAACUCACUUAUUUGACCACAUUUCAGUUUUAAUUUCCAUUUGGUAUCCACAAUCAUGAAGUAAUAAAAAAAUGUUUGUAUGUUGAAUAUCAUAUAGCAAACAUGGCAUCAGAGCAUUGUUACUGUUAAACAGAUCAAUUUAAAUUCUCAGAAUAAAGUGUUAGACUUAUUGUGAGACCUCGUCAGGUCAUAAUGAACAACUUUAAUGAGGGAGUUCUGUGCUAAUGCAAUAACAUUAAAUCAGCAUCAUAACACAAUAGCUUCAAUGGAACCUGGUUACACCAUUGCUCAUUAAAUAUAAAGUGAAAUGCAAACUAUGUAUUAAAUCAUAGAGGAGCAAAGAGAUCAGUUCUUUGCCUUGAUUUUCAGUUGUUUCUCUUAUUUAUGGGUUUUAAAGAGUAGUUCUAAGCCUUGUUUUUUUAAAUUUCUGUUCAUAAUGAUAAUGAAAGAGUAAAAAAUAAGCAAGUGAAGCUGAAGCAAAGGGAUUCAUUCCCGUUCUGGAGUAUCACUGCAGCCAACAGAGGAAGGGAAAAUUUUGAAGACAAUGAUGACUCCCAGUUUUUAUAACAGAAGACGUACCUUACACUACUGCACACGAGGAAAGUAAUUUGUACACUAAAUUGCAUCAUAUUUUGGGUAAAAUCUGAACACCUGAAGUGCAUUCUUCAGUCAGUCCUACAAAUUUUCUGUCACCACUUCUUUUGCAUCUGGCAAUGAUUAUUAAUGUGGUAAAUUCUAAGUUACAUUGUAGUUCAGAAUCCGCAUACACUGUAGCUUUCCAUUUAAGUUGAGGGAUGAAUCAGUUGAAAGGUUGAAAAAGCAGAGACUUACUAUUUCAAGUAGGACUGUUCUAUAGCAAGGAAGUCUUGUUUAAACCAACCUUCAAUCUGAUGACAGCAUUAGAUUUUAUGUUUAUCACAAACACAAAAUUAAACAGACAAUACAGUUUUGCUUCACAAUGUAGCCUUUAAAGUCAGAUAUUAUCUUGCAAAUAUGCAUACAGCAAAAACUAAUUUUGCUAGCUUUUUGCAUUACAUUUUGGUCAACAAAAGUUUUACUUGCAAUUUCACUCACUUUGUGAUUUAAUUUUGUAAUGUAAUUUUAAAUGUGUGCACCAAUACGAGACAAAGAAUGUUAAACGUGAUGCUCACAUAGAUUCAUAAAAUUAUAAAAUUCAAUAUAUUUUCAUUUUUAAGGAGCUGUAUACCAAGGAAAAUUUAAAUAAAUCUUUUACAAAAAUCAUA